AUGUCUAGCAAGGCGGAGAAGAAAAUGAUCGAGAAUCUCCUGAUUCGGAAACGAGUGUGUGCCGUUCGAGAUGUGGUAGAAAGGUUUAAAGCGGAAUACGACCAUGAGCGGGAUUCCAGUCAAAUCCAUGUGAGACUCGACACGUUGGAUAGAAUUAACAAGGAGUUUCUGGAGGCACAAGCGGAGAUCGAGAUGUUGGAUAAGCCAGACAUGUUUGAGCAGCACAUCCAGGUUCGCGCUGAUUUCGAAAAUCGCUUUUGUGUUUUGAAAGGGUUCCUGCUAUCCAAGAUAGACAACAAUCAAACGAUUCUAAGUUCGACGAUGACGACCAACUUCACUCACCAUCCAACAUCUGUCAGUUUUCACCAUCGGUUGCCGAAAAUAGAUUUGCCAAAGUUCAAUGGAGACGAAUCACGAUGGAUUUCAUUCCGGGAUAACUUUCUGUCCAUGAUACACUGCAACGACGAUAUCCCAACGGUCAACAAGUUGCAGUAUUUGUUACAAGCACUGGAAGGAGAGGCAAAGAAGCCAUUUGAGACCGUCGAUGUACAAUCGGAUAACUAUGCGUCGACGUGGGAUGCGCUGAUGAAGAGAUACGACAACAAACGGUUUUUGAAGAAGGAACUAUUCCGAGGUUUGUUCGAGUUACCACCAAUGAAGCGUGAGUCAGCACAGGAGCUUAAUGCGUUGGUUGACGACUAUCAACGCCACGUUAAGGCUUUGGGAAAGUUAGGAGAACCUGUCACAAAUUGGGAUACACCGCUUAUCUACAUUUUGACCAGCAAGUUGGAUUCUACUACUGUUCGAGCCUGGGAGCACGAGACUCGCCAGAAGGAUGACGUUAGCUACGAAGAACUCAUCGAAUUCCUGAUCCAACACGUUCGUAUGCUCAAGUCAGUAUCCAGUGAUCUGCAACACCGUUCCCAAACGACUAACGCCAAGAUGGCCGGCCCUAUCCAAAAGAAACCCUUCACAGUGAAGUCCGUCGUUAACGCAGCAACUUCAGAAAACAAAAUGAAUGCUCCGCAAUGUCCUGCAUGCCCCGAUAAGCACCUGCUACAUCAAUGCCCGAAGUUCACCAAGCUAUCUGUUCCUCAGCGCCGAGAGUUAGUUAGCCAGCAAAGCUUGUGUUGGAACUGUUUUCGAUCAAACCAUCAAGCACGAAUCUGCAAGUCAAAGUUUUCUUGUAGAACCUGUCAUUCUAGACACCACACGUUAUUGCACGAUCAAGCUGCACCCUCUAAGAUGUCUUCGACUCCAGCCGUCACAACAGCCAUUUCUGAACUGCAACCUAAUCCAUCCACGUCAGCGAACGUGGAGACCUUUGGAUCAGCGCAUCCACCUGAAGUAAGUCUCUCCAUCCAAUCGAACCAUAGCACGGUCUUACUGGAAACGGUUGCACUUCAAGUCGUUGACAAGCAUGGUCGAGAAACUCCAGUCAGAGCACUUCUUGAUUCCGCCUCGAUGUCCAAUUUCAUCACCAAGAAACUCGCAAACGCUCUUGCCAUUCGUCCAAGCCCAGUGGACAUCGCAGUAGCCGGAAUAGGAGAUGCUCUCAAACAAAUCAAGCGCCAAAUAACGGCCACUAUCAAAUCGAGAACAAGCGCAUUUUCUACCACACUCGAAUUCCUCGUCAUGAAGAAACCCACUGCCAAUCUGCCAACAAUACCCAUCGACGCUUCUUCGUGGAAAAUGCCAAACGUCUCUUUUGCAGAUCCGCACUUCAAUGUGCCAGGAACGAUCGACAUCAUCAUCGGUGGCGAGUGCUACCACGAAAUUCAUACUGGAAAUCGCAUAUCCAUCGGUGACGGUCUACCACUGCUAGUUGAUACUCUUUUCGGGUGGACAGUUUCAGGAAAGGUGUGCACCUCUUCUGCCCACGCUUCGCCGGCUUGUUAUAUCUCUACCGUUGAUCGUUCUCUUGAAACAUCCCUGCAACGAUUUUGGGAACUGGAAGCCGUCGAUCAUAGUUCAAUGUAUUCCGCUGAAGAAAGAAGAUGUGAAGAAAUGUUUGCUAGCACCACCACUCGAAAUCAUUCUGGGAGGUUCGUCGUACGCCUUCCUCGGUCCGAAGAUCCGCAAGUCACCCUCGGCGAUUCGCGCGCGAUCGCAACUCGUCGAUUCUACAGCCUCGAAAGACGCCUAGAGAAAGAUGCCACCGUUAAAGCCGCAUACCACAAGUUCCUUGAAGAAUAUGCAAGUCUACACCAUAUGCAAAGAAUCGAUCCUGUCAAUGAUGGAAAGCCACAUUGUUAUCUGCCGCAUCACCCGGUUUUUAAGGAGGCAAGCACUACCACCAAGAUUCGCGUGGUGUUUGAUGCCUCUUGCAAAACUACCUCCGGGUUUUCGCUCAACGAUUCGCUUCUCGUUGGUCCAGUGGUGCAACAGGACCUCCUCUCGAUCGUGAUACGUUUCCGCACUCGUUCUGUGGCCAUUGUUGCAGACAUCGAAAAGAUGUACCGCCAGAUUGAAGUGCAUCCCGCUGAUCAGAGUCUUCAACGCAUCCUAUGGCGUGUCAAUCCAACGGAUCCACUCGAAACCUACGAACUGCGCACCAUCACAUACGGAACAGCUUCAGCUCCAUACCUCGCAACACGGACGCUGCAGAAGCUGGCACAGGAGGAAGGAGAUUUGUAUCCAGUAGCAGCCGAGGCAAUCAUCGAAGAUUUCUACGUCGAUGAUCUACUGUCUGGUGCAGAUGAUGUACAAGCUGCCAUACAAAAACGCCGUCAGAUAUCAGCGAUGUUAGAUUCGGCCGGCCUUCCAAUCAAAAAAUGGGCGUCAAACAUCCCGGAGGCUCUAGAUGGUGUUCCCCAGGAGGACUUAGCUAUUAAAACACUACAUGAUCUACAAGACGACCAGUCGGUGUCAACGCUCGGACUUGUCUGGGACACAAAGACCGAUAUGCUUAGAUUCAAUGUCCAAUUACCACUUCCGGCGACGAUUCUCACCAAACGUAAGGUGAUAUCAUACAUCGCCAAAAUUUUCGACCCACUAGGCCUCGUUGGUCCAGUUAUCGCGGCCGCUAAAAUGUUCAUGCAGAGACUGUGGAAGUUGAAGUCCAACGACCAGAAACCCUAUGAAUGGGACAAGCCGCUCCCACAGAAACUUCAAGACGAUUGGAAGCAAUUUCAUGCUACACUUUACGCCCUCGAUCAACUCCGAAUUCCACGGUUUGUUGCACUACCAGCCGCUUCCAGUGUCGAGCUUCACUUUUUCUGCGACGCAUCGGAAUCCGCAUAUGGUGCUUGUUGCUUUGUUCGUUCCGAGAAAGCGGACGAUGUCAAAGUCCAGUUACUGACAUCAAAGUCGAAGGUGGCUCCAAUUGCUACAAAGCAUUCCAUCGCUAGACUUGAGUUAUGUGCAGCUGUAUUGGCCACCAAGUUGUAUCACAAGGUGAACCAUGCCAUCAAAAUCCCCUCCAAGGUUUUCUUCUGGUCCGACUCGACUACCGUUCUUCAAUGGCUUAAAUCAUCACCGAAUCGUUGGAAGACGUUCGUAGCCAACCGCGUCUCCACCAUACAAACCUCUACAGAAGGAUGUAUCUGGCAACAUGUGCCGGGUGCAGAGAACCCCGCAGAUGAAUUAUCCCGCGGUCUACCGCCAGCAGAACUUCUAGCAAGAUCAAGAUGGUGGAACGGCCCAGUUUGGCUAGCUCUUGCUCCAUGUCAUCGACCACACUCAGUUGUUCCAGAAGAUGAAGCAUCCGCCGUCAUAGAAGAAGCUCGGAAGGUCGCUCUAGUUUCAUUAGCUACAUCCACGGCCACCUUUGCUGAUCACCUGUUUACCCGAUUCUCCUCGUACACAAAGCUGCGUCGGGUGGUAGCAUAUUAUCUGAAGUACAUCCGUUCACUGAGAGCCACGACCCAACAAUCCACCGGUGAACCCUCCAGCGUUCUCACCACAGCUGAGUUAACAGCAGCAGACCAUGCACUAGCACGCUUAGCCCAAGCCCAGCUUUACUCGGAGGAGUUAGCCGGUCUAAAUGUACCAUCUAGCCACAAUGAAAUCCUGAAGUCAUCCCCACUAAGAUGGUUGAAACCCUACAUAUGCAAAGACGGUAUAAUUCGCGUCGGAGGACGCCUAUCGAAUGCCGAGGUUCCAGAGAGCAUUAAGCAUCCGAUCGUCAUUUCCGCCAAGCACCCACUGGCCGAACUGAUAGCCAACCAUCACCACAAGAUUCUUCUCCAUGCUGGUCCGCAAUUGAUGCUUUCAACAAUUCGACAAAAAUACUGGAUCGUUGGCGCUAGAAACCUGGUUCGUCGCACAUAUCAUCGGUGUAUCAAAUGUUUCAGACAGAAGCCAAUUCUCGUCCAACAAGCAACAGCUGAUUUGCCCACAUCAAGAGUAACGCCAGCACGCCCAUUCUCAAUUAGUGGCGUUGACUAUUGUGGUCCAGUGUUCCUGAAGUCACCAGUACGUAAUCGAUCUCCAACCAAAGCGUACAUUGCUAUCUUUGUCUGUUUUGUCACUAAAGCCGUCCAUAUCGAGUUGGUCUCCGAUCUGUCGACCCCGGCUUUCAUAGCAGCCCUUCGUCGAUUCGUUGCUCGUCGCGGUCGUAUCUGUGAGCUUCACUCCGAUAAUGGCACCGCAUUCAAGGGAGCAGCCAACAAACUCCACCGCAUCUACGAAAUGUUGAAGUCAAUUGAUGGUGACAGAAUCCAAAUCCUGAAUUGGUGUGGUGAAAACGAGAUCCAGUGGAAAUUUAUACCGCCUCGUGCCCCACACUUCGGAGGACUUUGGGAGGCUGCGGUAAAGUCCGCCAAGCAUCAUCUGUUACGCGAGAUCGGCCAUGUUAGCAUUAGCCAGGAAGAUAUGCUAACCCUUCUGGCACAAAUUGAAAUGUGUCUCAACUCAAGACCGUUGACCCCGAUCCCAACUGCUCCCAUUGACCUCGAAGCUUUAACACCAGGACAUUUCCUAGUAGGCUCCAACUUACAAGCUAUACCAGAAAUGAGCCUGGCUACAACUUCAGAUAACCGUCUGGAUCAUUGGCAACGUACCCAGAAGCUAUUCCACCGUAUAUGGGCUCGCUGGUAUCCAGAAUAUCUUGCACAACUUCAGUCUCGAGCCACAAAGGGAUGCAAGCCGGCAGUUCAAAUAGAAGUAGGGCGAAUCGUAGUCAUCAAGGACGAUAACCUUCCACCAGCGAAAUGGCCUCUCGGUAGGAUCAUUCAGCUUCAUCCAGCCAAGGACGGGGUCGUCCGCAUCGUCACCAUAAGAACUGCAGUAGCUGACAACGUCGUGAGACCAGUCGCGAAGAUUGCUCUGCUACCAUUACCUACGCCUUCGGAUCCAAUCAUCGUAGAAACACCGAGCGAUGCAGAGACUACAAAGACCGAUAGCAAACGCCGGAUCUUCGAUCGUCGUUCGAAAGCUGUGAAUCAACUGCAAACACCUGAGUUUGAUUCUGCGAUAGAUACAAGGUCCUGCUACGGAAACAUCGUGUUCAUCAAGGCGAUGCUCACGGAUCACGAGAUGAAAUAA